CCUCAACAAGAACGCACCCACGCUGACAUUCAACAAAAUCAAGUCGUCGUCGGUCGUCGUCGCGAUACCAAAAGCACUCUACUCUCUUUCGUGACGCGAGUUUCACAAUAAUAAAAGAAAUUUUUUUUUUUUUUUUUGUAAACUAAAACUCUAUGAUAACUAGAUUAAUGAUAGUUUAAGAAAUAGGUGGUUUAAAAGAAGGUUAUAAGUUGAUUUUUUGUUUGUAUUUGAUAUCAAGAAGUUAAACAAUAAACUAUUGUUGUCGUUCGUUUUGAUCGGGAAUGAACGCGGAAAGUGGACAGAAUUCAUCCGCGACCUCGUCGUCGACAGUCGUUGGAAGUAACAAUGGAAAAGCAGUUAAUUUAUCGCAAAAUAUUAACGAAAAUGGAGCCGGCCAAUCAACGCAAAUGGAUUCAUCGGAAAUUAAUGAAGCUGUCACUAAGGUUUUACAAGGAUACGAUUGGAGUUUUGUACCAUUAGCUACAAAGGCAUCAUCCGAUAAAAAAAAAUUACACGUUAAACGACCGAUGAACGCGUUUAUGGUUUGGGCGCAAGCCGCAAGAAGAAAAUUGGCGGAUCAACAUCCUCAACUGCACAACGCGGAGUUAUCGAAAACGUUAGGACGACUUUGGAGGUAAAUACAAAAUUCAUUCAUGAUUUAGAAUCGACGUAAAUUAUCUUUUCUCUUUUAAUAUUAUUAUGAAUUAAGCGCAACGUCAAAAACGAUAAACAUAAAACGGAAGAGUCAUAAGUCGUACGUUGACUCUAAAACGACGGCUGAACCUACAAUAUUUUUACUUGAGACCUCUCAUCUUGACCUUUUAUAAAAGUUGAUAACACCACGGCUGUGAGUUUUCUCUUCUUCGUAUGGGAUAACGACAGGAAAUUCAUCAUUAAUUUUUAUUUUUUCGUUACAAAAAUUUUUCGAGAAAACAUUUUUUUUUUUAUUUC